CAUUUACUUUUGUGUUAAAGAAAAUAGCAAAACAAUCACAAACAUUUUACUCAUUUAAAUUAUUGAAAAUAUUGAAAUAACGUUUCAAUAUAAUGGAAGCCAUUAAUCCAGAUGAUGAAUUUAAGGAUAAAAAUGAUGGAAUGCAUCUGAUAGUGGAAACUUCCUAUAGCUUAUCAAAUUUACAACAAUACAUGAGCCAAACUUGUUUGGCAGAUAAAUGUCAAUUUUUGCAGCAUUCCGAGGAUAUAGAAGAGAUAUGCAAACAAUUCUUUGAUCUUUUAAAAAACAAUGAAUUAAAUCUCGAUGAAAUUACGAAUCUUUUUGUGGCAGCUUCUAUGGUUUAUUUUAUAAAUGCCACACCGGAAAAUUUUGAAUGGCGCUAUCAUCUUCUGCAGAAGACAUUCCAAUAUGUUGACACUUUGAGUCCAAUACAUUUACAUGUGGCUACGAAACGUCUUUGGGAAGCCUUUAAAAUGGAAACAAUUGAAUUUGUUUUCAACAUAUUAACAAUAAGUCAUCAUAUAUCGUUGGCCAGUGAAACUGGUCGCGCUAUAGCCAUAUGUUUAGUUUGGACCCUAAUUUGUGAGAUCAUGGAAACAGAAAUACAAAUGUAUACGUUUCAUGAGUUCAGUGAAUUGAUAAAGAUGUUAAAAGAACUAGAUGAUGAAGUUUUGCAGGAGGAGGAACAUAUACGUAUUGUUUAUGCGAUGGUACAGUGCCUCGGUUUUAUAAUUAAUGCUGUGGUAUAUGGAAAAAAUGAUGAUUUAAAAAAGGCCGGCUACCGCAACUACUUUUCCUACAGCCAAAGAGAGUUGGAAAAGUUGAAAAAAUACGCUGAACGUUUAACAAGUUUACUAAAGAUCAAUAUUUCGGGAGAUAAUAAUUUCGAGUUGAGAAUGACUAUCACGGAAUAUAUAAAUAUUAAUAUUAUUGGUAUUUUACAAGAGAAGAUUUCUGAAAUGCAAAGUGUUUAAUAAAUUCGAGAUAUCAUGUCCUUAAACUUAAAAAAAAAUUGCUUCAUUGGCCGCGACUUGAACAAUUAUGUAUAUAAUGGUGUAUCAUAAUUAUGUAUAUAAUGAUGGAUUUUCUGUAAGACUGUUAUAUUGGCGGACCGAUCCUUAUAAUUUUAUUUUUCAUAAAUAUAGGUUUCGGUUCCUAAAAAAGUUUUUUUCGUCGAAUUCCAUUAUUCGAUAUUUGAAAGCCAUUUAUGUGCGUUUAAGGACGGGUUUCCUAGUACUCAGUAAAACUAGGCUUAAUUUGCUGUUAAACUAAACUCGGAACAAAUUUAGGGCGAGUU